AUGUACAGUGGUAUCUGCAUCUACAUGUUCCUUGCUAUGCUGUCAACGAGCUCUUUUGGACAGCAGGCUACAGGCUCGCACAAUGAGAAUCCUGUGGCCACUGAGCUUGAGCAGAGCUUGACAGAACAUCACCGACAUGUUCGUGUCCCUUCAUCUGCUGGCCAGCUGAAACCUAUCCAGCGGCUGGAUGGAAAUGUUGACCAAAAAGCCAACAUUGGAGCUUUGCUGGCCAAAUAUCUCCAGCAAGCCAGAAAAGGUCCUACUGGAAGGAUCUCAAUGAUGGGAAACAAGGUACAGAACAUUGACCCUACACACAGGAUAAACGACAGAGAUUACAUGGGCUGGAUGGAUUUUGGACGCCGCAGUGCUGAAGAAUACGAGUACUCCUCUUAA